AAACCCCGAUUUUUCAUAUUGUAUACAUCACUUGUUCCUUGAUUUUAGGAACAGCGUUAACUUACUCUCAACUUCAUCAUGUCUGGCCGUGGAAAAGGAGGCAAAGUAAAGGGAAAGUCAAAGACCCGUUCCAGCAGGGCUGGACUUCAAUUCCCCGUCGGUCGUAUCCAUCGAAUGCUUCGCAAGGGCUCGUACGCUGAGCGUGUCGGUGCCGGCGCCCCCGUCUACUUGGCUGCUGUCAUGGAGUACUUGGCCGCUGAGGUUCUCGAGUUGGCCGGUAACGCUGCCCGUGACAACAAGAAGACCCGUAUCAUCCCUCGUCACUUGCAAUUGGCCAUCCGCAACGACGAAGAGUUGAACAAACUUCUCUCCGGUGUCACUAUCGCUCAGGGUGGUGUUUUGCCCAACAUCCAGGCCGUUCUCUUGCCCAAGAAGACUGACAAGCCCGCCAAGGCUUAAAUUUCCUGUUCAUCUCGUCUUUUAAACAAUCGGCCCUUUUAAGGGCCACCAAACUAA